AACAAUUUUAACCGGCUCGGAUGGGUAUUCAAAGAAGUGGAUUGGCACCAUAAAUUUCUCAUCUUGUGAACGGCCAGAGCUUCCGAAUGACUUCUUUGAAGUUUAUUCCGAACUUUACUCUUUGGACAUGUCAUAUCUGGGCCUAUCAUCGCUUGCUGAGGGAAUGUUUUGGGGUGCUUUGAAAUUACGUAAUUUACGCGUAUCACAUAAUGAAAUCACGGAAAUCCCGUCAUUAUUUUUCUACUAUAAUCAGCUAUUGACUAAAGUCGAUUUGUCAUAUAACAAGAUCGAAAUUGUUGGUGAUCACGCAUUCGCGAGUGAUAUUCUUGAAUUAUUAGACUUGUCACACAACCAAUUGAAGACACUAAGUGCGAACAUUCUUCCGACGCACUUGGAUCGAAUGAAAUCGCUUAUGAUUGGAAACAAUCAAUUGCAUGAACUGUUUGGAUUCUACAGCUCGCGCAUUUCGAACAUGAAAAUCGUGGGCAUCGACAGUAAUCAAUUCAAUUGUUCAUAUUUAAAUACUUUAUCCCAGAUGAUCAGCACGAAUUUGGACUCGAAUUUACAUCAACUCGACUGUGAUUUGGUCAAUGUGAGAACAGCACCAGUUACCAUGAUGACGAGAGCAUGGCCAGAGGAAAUACCAUCGGCAACAGCGUUCCCCACCAACUCAACCACAACAUCAACUCGUCCACCACCAACAACAUCAACUUAUCCACCACCAAAACAGAGCCCACCCAAAAGUGUAACAAAAACGAUGAUGAGGACAAUGUCAAUGACGACGACGACGACUGAUCUACCAAAAGAAACAAGGACAUGGAUCGAAAAAGUUCGACCAA